UAUUGGAUUGCGGCGACCGCGGAACGGCACGCAUUAUGUUUCCCACCUGCGCGGCGCAACCUCCGGCCGAUCCGACCCACCCCCGCUGCAAAACCGUCGGUGGCGUCGCCCUUCCACCGCGCCGCCACUUCACUACCCCUCCGCCGCCGGCCUCGUCCUCCUUUCCGUCACACACCACAAGCGUUUAAAGAGAGGGGAGCGAGCGAGCGAGUGCCCGCACACGCGUCACUUCUCCGAUCUGGUCCGGCUGUUCCGCCAGAGAGCAAGCCCGGGAUCCCGCCUUUGUUCUAGCUGCCGCUGCGUGCUGCCAAUUCCGAAGAUCGACUCACAGGACUGAAGAGGCGCCUCCUUCCUUCUCGGUUCUCGAUUUAUCAGGCUCCCGACACGCGCCCGUGCCACGAUGUCAGAGGACAAGGGCCGCAGUCGCGGCGGUGCACGGGUGAAAGUCCGGGAGGCGGUCUGCAACGCCGUCGCCGGCGGUUCGGCUGGGGUCAUCUCGGCGACGGUGCUGUGCCCGCUGGACGUGCUCAAGACGCGUCUGCAGGUGUACGGUCUCCCUUCAAACCUUUCCCCUGGCACUGCGCCGCCUGGUAGGAUAAUUCUUUCAGGAUUGCAACACAUACUCAAAACUGAAGGCCUUCCUGGGUUGUAUCGUGGCCUUUCUCCAACAAUAGUAGCACUAUAUCCAACUUGGGCUGUUACAUUUUCAGUUUAUAAUUACGUGAGGGGUCUUCUUCGAUCUCAAGAUGCUAAAAAUGGCGAACUGUCCAUACAGCAAAAUAUUUUAGCUGCUUCCUGUGCAGGGAUUGCAACAGCUGUUGCAACUAAUCCAUUAUGGGUUGUGAAGACUAGACUACAGACACAAGGGAUGAGGCCUGGCGUGGUGCCUUACACGAGCAUCUUAUCUGCGUUACGUAGGAUUGCAGCAGAAGAAGGUCUCCGUGGAUUGUACAGUGGUCUUCUUCCUUCUUUAGCUGGGGUUACUCAUGUAGCCAUCCAGUUCCCAGUAUACGAGAAGGCGAAGCUGUACAUUGCCAAAAGAGACAAUACUACAGUUGACAAGCUUGGCCCUGGUCAAGUAGCAAUUUGUUCUUCAGGAUCCAAAAUAGCAGCCUCGCUCAUAACAUACCCUCAUGAGGUUGUACGAUCUAAGUUGCAAGAACAAGGCCGUGUUCCCCAUGGUGCUAUACGGUAUAUAGGUGUAACGGACUGUAUAAAGCAAGUGUUACAGAAGGAGGGGAUUGCUGGAUUCUACCGAGGUUGUGCUACAAAUUUGUUGCGAACAACGCCGAACGCUGUCAUUACUUUUACUAGUUAUGAGAUGAUCAAUCGACUCAUGCACCAGCUCCUGUCCUCCUAAUUGAAAGAUGGAAACCAACAAAUCUUCAAUGUGCUUGCAAUGCUGAACCGUAAGUUCUGGCUGUAAUGGUUCGUUAUCGUGGUUGCAUUGCCAUUUGUCCAUUAUUGGAGAAAAGAUAGCUGUUGACGACAGAUUUUGGUAAAAGUAGACAGAUCCAGAGGUUUGUGUUUUGCCGUGAGGGAGAAACCCUAUUGUUUUAAAUUCAUUCUGCAUAGUUGUUAGGAGCAAAUCGUUGUCUACAGAACGUUGGCAUGCUUUUCUUUUUUUGUGCAUCAAGAACGUUGGCAUGCUAAUUGUCCAUUCACGUUGAUUUAAGCUUUUAGAAGAAUAUUUGGCCAGCUAUUGUAGCUGAUCAUA